AGCAUCUCUUUGAAAUGAUGAAAUUGAGUUCAUACUGUGAACUAAAUAAAAUUUUCUGUUUUUUCCUAGUUGGUUUGGAUGCUGCUGGUAAGACAACUAUCCUUUAUAAGCUGAAACUAGGAGAAAUUGUCACCACAAUUCCCACUAUUGGUUUUAAUGUGGAAACGGUAGAAUACAAAAACAUUUGCUUCACAGUUUGGGAUGUUGGUGGUCAAGAUAAAAUCAGACCUCUUUGGAGGCAUUAUUUCCAAAAUACACAGGGCCUCAUCUUUGUGGUGGAUAGCAAUGAUAGAGAGAGAAUCGAGGAAGCAGCAGAUGAGCUGCAGAAAAUGCUUCAGGAGGAUGAGCUGCGAGAUGCAGUGCUGCUGCUGUUUGCAAACAAGCAAGAUCUGCCAAAUGCCAUGGCAAUCAGCGAGAUGACCGAUAAACUAGGCCUGCAGUCCCUGCGUAACAGAACUUGGUAUGUCCAAGCUACCUGUGCUACGCAAGGAACUGGUCUGUAUGAGGGACUUGACUGGCUCUCAAACGAACUCUCAAAACGCUAACUCAAACUGGAUGACUCUUUCACCAGGGACAUGUUUGAUAUAAGUGGUCUAGGCUUGUUACAACAAAAUUAGUUUGCAUCUUGGUUAUUACAAUAUCUGGAACUGAUCUUUGGGCAGGAUAUUACAGCAUUUCAACUUAUUUUGUUGCCAAUUAUUGUUUACCGAGCUACAUGUUGCAAAGGUAGCAAUAUGCUUGGGUAAAAAUCUCCUUAACUUGGAAAAAGUGUAUCUUCUGAUUCUACUUCCCUUGUUAGCCUAAAUGCCUGAAUAUAGUUAUCGUGACAUCUUCAAGAUCUGUUUUGAAUACUUUUUUUUGAGCCCCAAUAAAUUGUUUUAAUUUUUUCUCCCUGCUACUUUUAGUUUACUGAUGCCCUGUUUCAUUCCUCAGACAGUCUGCUGAUUUAAAAAUGUAGCAUUCCGUAUAUUUAUUUGUCUCCCUUGCCAAAAAGAAUUCCUAAUACUGCUUGUUCCCGCCCAGAAAAUGCUCUAAAACACUAUUCAAAUCCACUGCACUGAGGAACAUUUUAUUAAUCCUUGGGUUCCAUCAGCCCAACUUGCCUUUGUGAGAAUUGGAUUGGAUGGGUAGAAUAGUUCUGUGCUGGCUGCGAAGAGCUCAUGUUGAGGUUGUUUUUAAUAUUCAGCAGAUUGUCUUCCUUUAUAUUGUAUCUUUUUUUUUUUUUAUGUUGCAUGUUGCUUUUUGGUAUCAGCCUGACUAUUUUUGCCCAGUGUAUAAUAGUUCUGCUGAAGUUUUACUGUUUGUUGGUGGACAUAUCUUCAUAAUGAGAUUUUGGAAAAUUCAUCAAACUCAAUGGAUUAGUUUCUUCAUAACCCACUUGGAAUUAUUCCUAAUAAAAUGAUAAAAUGUA